GGCGCUCUUACUGAGCAUGUGCAGGCGGCGCUGCGCAUGCUCCGAGGAGGGCCGGCUGGCUUUCUGUUGGGCGGCCCCGGUGUCUCCUAGCGCAACCGGAACUAGCCGUUGUGGGGCUGGCCUUCCCCAUCUCUGGCGGCCUUGUUGUAGUCUCCGAGCCUCCUUGUCCCUGCUCCUAUCUUCACUUUCUAGGCUCGGUAGUUCUUUCCCCGGAGCAGCAGUCAUGAGCCCCAAGCUGCCAGCGUCGUCUCCACCUCGGGGGCCGCGGCUGUUGCGACUGUCGCUGCUCCUCCUGCUGGGGAUGGUCCCAGGCCCGCGCCCGGGUAGCGCUUUCUACUUGCCCGGCCUGGCGCCCGUCAACUUCUGCGACAAAGACAAAGAGAGCGACGAGUGCAAGGCUGAAAUAGAACUAUUUGUGAACAGGCUGGACUCAGUGGAAUCUGUUCUUCCUUAUGAAUACACAGCGUUUGAUUUUUGCCAGGCAUCAGAAGGAAAACGCCCAUCUGAAAAUCUUGGUCAGGUGUUAUUUGGGGAAAGAAUUGAACCAUCACCAUAUAAGUUUAUAUUUAAUAGGGAGGAUACCUGUAAACUUGUUUGUACGAAGACAUACCAUACAGACAAAGCUGAAGACAAACAAAAGUUAGAUUUCUUGAAAAAAAGCAUGUUACUGAAUUAUCAACAUCACUGGAUUGUGGAUAAUAUGCCUGUAACGUGGUGUUAUGAUGUUGAAGAUGGUCAGAGGUUCUGUAAUCCUGGAUUUCCUAUUGGCUGCUACAUUACAGAUAAGGGCCAUGCAAAAGAUGCCUGUGUUAUUAAUUCAGAAUUCCAUGAAAGAGAUACAUUUUACAUCUUCAACCACGUUGACAUCAAAAUACACUAUCAUGUUGUGGAAACUGGGUCCAUGGGAGCAAGAUUAGUAGCUGCUAAACUUGAACCAAAAAGCUUCAAGCAUACCCAUAUAGACAAACCAGACUGCUCUGGACCCCCCAUGGACAUAAGUAAUAAAGCUUCUGGGGAGAUCAAGAUUGCCUAUACUUACUCUGUUAGUUUUGUGGAAGACAAAAAUAUCAGAUGGGCAUCUAGAUGGGACUAUAUUCUGGAGUCUAUGCCUCACACCCACAUUCAGUGGUUUAGCAUAAUGAAUUCUCUGGUCAUUGUUCUCUUCUUAUCUGGAAUGGUAGCUAUGAUUAUGCUACGGACCCUGCAUAAAGAUAUUGCCAGAUACAAUCAGAUGGAUUCUACGGAAGAUGCCCAGGAAGAAUUUGGCUGGAAACUAGUUCAUGGUGAUAUAUUCCGUCCUCCAAGAAAAGGGAUGCUGCUGUCAGUCUUUCUAGGAUCUGGGACACAGAUUUUAAUUAUGACUUUUGUAACUUUGUUUUUUGCUUGCCUGGGAUUUUUGUCCCCUGCCAAUCGAGGAGCACUGAUGACAUGUGCUGUCGUCUUAUGGGUGCUGCUGGGCACACCUGCAGGCUACGUUGCUGCCAGAUUCUAUAAGUCCUUUGGAGGUGAGAAGUGGAAAACAAAUGUUUUAUUGACAUCCUUUCUUUGCCCUGGGAUCGUGUUCGCAGACUUCUUCAUAAUGAAUCUGAUCCUCUGGGGAGAAGGGUCUUCAGCAGCCAUUCCUUUUGGCACACUUGUUGCCAUAUUGGCCCUUUGGUUUUGCAUAUCUGUGCCUUUGACGUUUAUUGGUGCAUACUUUGGUUUUAAGAAGAAUGCCAUUGAACACCCAGUCCGAACCAAUCAGAUUCCACGUCAGAUUCCCGAACAGUCAUUUUACACAAAGCCCUUGCCUGGGAUUAUCAUGGGAGGAAUUUUGCCCUUUGGCUGCAUCUUUAUACAGCUUUUCUUCAUUCUGAAUAGUAUUUGGUCACACCAGAUGUAUUACAUGUUUGGCUUCCUGUUUCUGGUAUUUAUCAUUUUGGUUAUUACAUGUUCUGAAGCAACUAUUCUCCUUUGCUAUUUCCACCUGUGUGCAGAG